CGGACACCAGCGUGCGAUCCGCUGCUCCACGGCGCCGCGUGGACAACACGCCGGUCUAGCGCCCCCCUAAGUCUCGAGCCAUAACCCUCCAUCCAAUCCACGGGGACGGGACCGCGGCUCCGCCACUUGAUUCCGCCUCUCCUGCGCCCGGCGAUGCGGUGCUGAGCGAGGCGCGAGCGUCGUGAAGGACACGCGGACGCCCUCUACGGAAGGAAAACCAGGCAGUCCUGCUGAUGUUCCACCAGCUGAGCUUCUAACUGUUACCCCACCUGGUGGUCCUCACUUCAACAUCAUGCUGCACCUCACCGUGCUCCUCCAUCUCCUGGUCCUCUCCCUCUCCCCUGCAGAUGCAUUGACGCAUGAGGAGGUACCCGACUUCUAUGGAGACGAAGCCACAGGUUACGGGCCAGUGUUUGAGGAGCAGCCGGUGGAUACAAUCUACCCCGAGGAGUCGCCCGAGGCGAAAAUCACCAUGAGCUGCCGGGCCCGGGCCAAUCCACCUGCCACAUACAAGUGGAUGCUGGACAACGUGGAAAUCGACUUGAAUACACAAAGCAGCCACUACGAUUUAGUAGGGGGCAACUUGGUCAUCAGCAGCCCCAUCAAAACCAAACACGUAGGACAGUACUUCUGUCUGGCUACCAACAUCUACGGCACGGUGGCCAGCCGAGAGGCUUCCGUCCAGUUCGGAUACCUCGACCUCUUCUCGUCGGAGGAGAGGGAGUCGGUGUACGUCAAGGAGGGACAGGGGGCGGUGCUGCUCUGCGCUCCCCCACCACAUUACCCAGAUGAGCUGUCAUUCCGAUGGAUCCUCAAUGAAUUCCCCACCUUCAUCCCACUGGACAAGAGGCGUUUUGUCUCCCAGAUAACGGGGAACCUCUACAUCUCCAAGGUGGACUCCUCCGACAGCGGCAACUACUCCUGCAUCGCCUCCAGCCAAUCCAUCUCCAAGAGCGUUUUCUCCAACUACAUCCCCCUCGUUCCUCUGGCUGAACGUCCCAUCAGAAAAUACCCUGCCGACCUCAAAGUUAAGUUCCCAGAUACCACGGCUCUGGUCGGGCAGAAUCUCACCUUGGAAUGCUUCGCUCUGGGGAAUCCCGUACCCGAGAUCCGCUGGAAGAAGUUGGAAGGGAAACUCCCAUCCAACCACGAGGUGCGGAUGGCGGGUGCGAAUCUGCACCUGUAUAACGUUCAGUUUGAAGACGCGGGCCGCUAUCAGUGUGAGGCGGUGAACUCCAAAGGGAAGGACUACCACGCUGCACGCGUGUCCGUAGAAGCUUUUCCCAAGUGGGUGGAGCACAUCAGCAGCACAGAGAAGGACCUGGGCAGAGAUUACACUAUGUCCUGCACAGCCAGCGGCAAACCCCAACCACGCAUCCGCUGGCUGAAAAAUGGACAACCGUCCCACCGGAAAGAGAUGAGGUUCAGCAGCUUGACGUUUGACGAUUCGGGGAUGUAUCAGUGCAUCGCAGAGAGCCACCACGGACUCCUAUAUGCCAAUGCGGAGCUGCGUGUUUAUGCCUGUGCUCCCACGUUUGAACACAACCCCGUGAAGAGAGUCCUGGCACCGAAAAACGGCCGCGUGGUGAUCGACUGUCGACCCAAAGCUGCUCCGAAGCCGUCCUUCUCCUGGAGCAAAGACACCGAGCUGCUCCACAACUCCACCCGGUUGUCCAUCUGGGAGGACGGGAGCCUGGAGAUCCUCAACCUGACGCGCGCAGAUGAAGGCAGGUACACCUGCUUCGCCGAGAACGACCGGGGAAAGGCCAACAGCACCGGCUCUCUGCUGGUCACAGAUUCCACAAAGAUCACCUUGGCGCCGUCCAAUGCUGACGUUAAAGUGGGUGAGGACACCACCAUGCAGUGCGCCGCAUCACAUGACCCCUCCCUGGACAUCACCUUCAUCUGGUCCCUGGAUGACCGAGUCAUCGACCUACACGAGGAGAGUCGCCACUAUGAACGCACGCUGAAUGGAAGCUCAAACGGCGAGCUACUGAUUAAGAACCUCCACCUGAAGCAUGCUGGACGCUACACCUGCACUGCACAGACGCCCAUUGACAACGUUACUGCCUCCGCCCACCUGGUCGUCAGGGGUCCCCCCGGUGCCCCAGGUGGGGUGCGAGUGGUGAAGAAAGCUGACAAGAAUGUGACGUUGCAGUGGAGCCGUGGAGCAGACAACCACAACCCCAUCUCCAAAUAUACCAUCCAGUACAGGGACUCCUUCUCACAGGAUGUCUGGAAGAACGCCACUACAUCUCCCCCAGAUGUCGAGGGGAAUACGGAGAUGGCCACGGUGGUGGAAUUGUUCCCCUGGACGGAAUAUGAGUUCAGAGUGAUCGCCACCAGCAGUCUGGGGAAAGGAGAGCCGAGCAGCCCGUCGCCGAGAGACAAAACCCUGGAAGCAUUUCCUAUGGUGGCGCCCUCGGACGUCGGUGGCGGUGGAGGAACGAGCAGGGAACUGACCAUCACGUGGACGCCUGUGCAGCCACAGUACUACUCUGGGCCCGACUUUGGCUACAUUGUGGCUUUCAAACCACAAGAUGAAUCCCAGUGGAUGAGGGUGACGGUAGCUGACCCCCAGGCCAAGCGCUACGUCCACAAGGACUCCUCCAUCCCUCCGAUGACGCAGUAUCAUGUCAAAGUCAAAGCCUUCAACAGAAAAGGAGAGGGACCCUUCAGCCUAACGGCCACCAUUUAUUCGGCACAGGACGCUCCGUCUGAAGCUCCUGGACGAGUUGAUGGAAAAGCUCUGUCUGCCACGGACGCCAUCGUGUGGUGGCAGCCUCUUUCACAAAGCAAUGUAGAUGGAUACCAGGUGAAGUACUGGAAGAAUAAGGAAGACAGUGAAGGGGGGGCCCAGAGAGUGGUGGUUCCCGGCAGUGAGAACCACACCAGGCUGGAGGGUAUGAAGCCAGACUCCCACUACCUCGUCGAGGUGCGCGGCUACAACUCGGCAGGCUACGGGCCGGCCAGCGAACACCUCCAGAUCCACACCAAGAGACCCCCUCCAAGUCGGGCUCCCAAAAUCAUUGGUAAAAAGUUCAAGGUCCAGUCAGUAAAUAUUGCCUGGGAACAGGUAAAACCCCUCGCUAACGAGUCAUCAAUAGACGGUUAUAAGGUGCUGCUCAGGCAGCAGGGCCACUCCACCGCCACGCUGUACGCCACCCACGAGCAGCACAUAGACCUUCCCCUCCACACAGAUGGAAACUAUGUGGUGGAGGUCCGGGCGCACUCCGAGGGGGGAGACGGGGCUGUGGCACAAAUCAACAUCACAAGUGGAAGCGCCGUGUCCGCCAUGUGUCACCGCGCACUCCCCCUGCUCCUCGUGGCUUCCCUCGGCCUGAACCUCUGAAUGUAGCGCCAUCUCUGUCUUCACCUCCCGUCAAGGGAACUCUUUGUGGUUGACGCCUAUGAGGAUCUUCUGGUUCCAUCCUGUAACCCCCGGAACGUCAUAUUCCAACUCUUGCCCUCUGGAAUAUGUUUGUGAAAAUAGACACAGAAAUGGAAAUGGACAAAGACAUCCCUUAUUUAUCCACAAAAAGCCUCUUUGGAGGAGUGUCAAAGAAGUUCCGUCAACUUGUUAAAUAUGCCUUAUAUAAAUAACUGCACUUAUCUUUCCCAAUAACUUGUUUUAACAUUAAUCAUGACGGAAAGUGAAACGUUCCACUGUAGAUUGUCCGUUAAGUCUAUUUGAAUCUUCAUUAUCGUACAUGGAUGAAGUUGCUGUUUGUGGAGAAAUGUGGGUUGCAUUUGAUAUGUGAUAUUUAAGGAAAUUCUAUCCUGCAAUGUUUUCUAUAGGAAAAGAUAAACAAGUAGCUGUGAAGGAUAAGUGUAUUAGUUUAUAAAAACGUCUUUCUUUACUGGCAGAUGAGUGGCGUUGUCUUCUAUAUCCUUUUUAAAAUGAAGCACACCCUUGUUACAGAGAUACAGUCAAAGCAAAUCUCACCCGUUCAUUCUCGCUUUUUGAUAGACGCAUUUAUGUCAUGCUGAAACAACGUAUCCGAUAAUUGGUAUUGUUUUGCUACCUGAUGUACGAUGGAUGUUAUUUGAAUUACAAACCACAGCACAAGCUUUAUUGGUAAAAUACCGCUUUCAUAUAUUGUGCAUGUCGACAUUGUUACAUGGAAGGAACGUUUGAAACGGUCAAUAAAGCGCGGGGGAGUUUAGCCACUUGGAUCCGUAUUGGCAGAGCUGAAUGUAAAGCAAAGCAUGAAAGCAGGAAGUAAACGCAUCAGACACGCGGUUUCAAAUGUUUUCCGACUGCAGCGAACAUCGUGCGGCGCGGCGUUUAUUUUCCGUGCUCGCCUCCUCUGGUAAUAUUUCUCCAACUGCUUUGCCGCAACACGUGGGUCACAUUGCUCAACCGAACCCGAAGCAUCCUUUGUUUUGACUGUAUCAUCAGGACCUCCGUGGUGCCGAGCGGCGCUUUGUAAAGAAUGUUGGCCUCUUAUUUUGUGUAAACGUUUUCAGUUCAUCCGACUCGCUAAUGGCUUCGUGUAACGAUUACGGUGAACAGUGGCGCCGCUCGCGGCCUUCAGUAAGCGCGCGAUGUAAGAUUAAUCCAUGGCUACUUUAUAUUUUCUAAUAAGAAAACUUGCCUAGCUCCUAUAGCAGUAAUCUAACUUCAUUUUUUUUAUUAUCUGGCAUGAAGAGAUGAUGAGCAACCCGUGUCAGAGGCAGGAGCUCAUCUAAACGCUUUUCCGCUGCUUUAAUUGUGUCUUUUUAUUAACGUGAUCGGAGACAUAUAAACAAUAUCAACUGCCGUUGUCUUUUGGUCCUGAUUAUCUCAUUCGUACGUCAUGAUCCACCUCCAGCAGGACGGUUUAGAGUUUUAUUUCCGGUGUGACCGACGCUGGCCAUGCUUCUGCAUUGUGACUAAAUCAACAUCCACCACAAAGUGCUUUUCCCAGUUUUCCUUCAUGCUACAAAUCAUAGAAAAAAAAAGUUGCCAAAUGCAUGAAUGCCUUGAACUUUUGACGUUUUUGGAGGAAGCAGCGGCUCUACAUUCUAACAUGCAUGACACUGGAGACGAGGCGUUACUUUGCAACAUAUCAACAUCAUGGCAACUUGUCAACCUCUCGGCUUCGUGUGAAACACAUUCCAACAACCGAGUGACGUCCCUUCACGUCAGAGGCCGUGCAGCCUGGUACGAGCAUUAGCCGCUAAGCUACGCUGAGCCGGUCCUUUCACGUGAAGUCUCGGAGAGGGGGGGGAUUUUAGACCUAAUAUUAAAAACUGACAUGACAUAAAGAAUCUCACUGAUUCAAGAAAAGUGGUCCUGCAGUGCUGAGCGCGUGCCGGGGAUCGGAUGGCCUCACUGGCACCGGUGGCGGCGUGUUUGACUGUCGUUCAGAUCUUCGAUGCCCUUGUGACAAACUGGAACCUCUCAUUGACUGGACAAGAUACAAUAAAAGUGUAGUUAACUAUU